CAUGAUCAAUUGUUGAAGAACAUCUCAGCUGCUCCAGAACCUUUUGCUCACGAUGGCUUCAUUUGUUCGCCCAGCACUGCUCAGGCAGACCGGCCUGGCCUCUGCCUCCACGCGCGCCUUUUCGACAAAGCUCGCCGCCGGCGUCUCCCACAGCAAGCCAGCCGCUUCCGUCCUCUCCAGACAGGCAGUGCGCAGUGCCUUUGCCAAAGAUGCUCUGCCCAGCUCAAUGCGAGUGGCAGCGUUCCACGCAGGUGGCCGCCAGCAGAUUCUUCCUCCACUGCCUCAGUCCAUUCACGGCACUGUCAACGACGCAGCUCCAGUCCCACCGUCAGACCCAUCCCACGGCUCCUACCACUGGACAUUCGAGCGUCUCAUCUCUGCCUCUCUCAUUCCCUUGACGAUCGCCCCCUUCGCAUCAGGAUCAUUGAACCCCAUGACUGACGCUAUCCUCUGCGGAGCGAUCCUCAUCCACUCACAUAUUGGUUUCGAGGCCCUCGUCAUCGACUACAUCCCGUCCAAGCGAUUGCCCAAGAUAAGAUUGCUCUUCUGGUGGGGACUCCGAGCUGCGACAGUGUUGGUUGGCGUCGGAUUGUACGAGUUCGAGACGAACGAUGUUGGCGUCACAGAGGCUAUCAAGAGGAUCUGGACUGCUUAG